AUGCGUAACGUCAAUGUCGUGGAGCGAGCCAGUGCCGGUCGCUGUUUGGAAGCGUCUGGAUCAGUCUCCACUGGCGAGAUCUUGCUUGUCGAGGAGCCGCUGUUUGUGUCUGCGUGUGGUGAAGAGCUGAAGCUUCUGGCAGCGGAGCUGUUCGCAGCACUUUCAACACCGUCGGAGCUGCCACUCGUCACUCAGCUCUUCAUUACAAUUCUUAGGGAGAUGGUGAGGGGAUCUAGAGUUGCUGUCCUCGCACAGCUGUCGCAACUUCGGGGCCAUCCAGAGCAAUGGUACCAGACGGUGGGCAAUCUCCAUGAAGCACUGAGGGAAGAGUUCGGCAGUAAGUUGGAUCUUUCCGAGCUUCUGGACCUGUAUUCCAAGCUUGCUGCAAAUGCGCAUGAAACAGAUGACAAGCGCGCUGCUGUUUUUUCCAUUGGGAGCCUGGCUGAGCACAGUUGCAGGCCAUCUGCCUUCAAGUGUGUGCUUGCAAAGAGACAUACUUUAGUGAUCCGAGCACUGUCCGACCUGGCGAAAGGAGAUGUUGUAUCACUGGCCUACAUUCCCGAGUAUUUUCCUACGUGGCACCGCCAGGAGCUCCUCCAGCGGAGUUUCAACUUUCACUGUGGCUGUCAACGGUGCGUGGAGGAAGAAGCAGAGGUGGUAUGUGCUUUCCUUUGCCCAGACUGCGAUUCUCCAUGCUGUCCUCCGCGGCCAUGCCGAUCUCCGGGCGACUUUGACAUGUUACUCUGCGAAGAGUGCGGGUGUCGAGUCGAAGAUGAGCGGCUCCAAGCUUUCCGAGAAGCAGAGCGCUGUGAGCGGCUUUGCAACGACUGCACGCCCUACCUGCAUCCCUAUCACUUCAGGAUCUUUCACAUGUACCUCGGAAACCUGCAGAUCGUUUCACCAGAACAGCGCCUUGACAUUCUGGAGCAGCUGGAAGAUGCCCAUGGCCGCCUCGGCAAUCGCGUCCAUCCCCUUCAUGCCAAGUUCGAGGAGCUGAAAGCUCGCUGCUGGCAGCUGCAAGGGGACAGCUGUGCGACUGCAGCCGCCUACGAGCGUGCGGCCGAGCUUUAUGCCCUCACGCAUGGCGGCGAGGCCGAGGAGUGCCGGCGCUGCGCCGCAGCGGCGGCUGCGAUUCAAGGAGGACCUCGAACGGAGGUGCCCGGGCAACGAUGA